ACAGCGCUAUGAUUGAAUUGUUGUCUCUACCGCGCAGACAUACCAAUCAAGUGGAAAAUGUGGCAGGAGUCAAAUUUAAAUCUGGCUUACCGAUUAACAGCUUGCCCGGUUGGGAGCACAUACCGCUGAAUUCGAAAUUACCAAUGUUGAAGUGUCCCGGUAAUCAGGUAAUAUUUUCGAAGAAUAAAAUUGGGCAAGCCGUUAGAGACGAUCGUCACUUAAAGCAUGAAUUUGAUCCGUCGGGCCGCGACAGCUUUCCAGAAUACAACCCACUUCAUGACUCAAAUUUGAAAACCUUUUAUGCCAAUGAAAGAAACCUGAAGCGACUGCGAGAAAAUGGUGAAAUUACGCACAACAACGACGUCAUCUGCAAUUUGAAAGACUUCAAUGAAUAUCGACAACAAUUACACAAAUCGCAGCUUUACUAUAUACUACAAGAUCUAAAUAGACUGGAAGCCGAGCAACACGAUCGUAUGUUGAUAGCAAAUGCCGAAUUUAUAACUAAUAAAGAUCAUCGUAACUUAAGUGCUCGUCAACAUACUUACACAGAAAUAUUGCAACGAAAACAGCUUUUGGAUGAACAAAAGAUAGAACGUUGCAAGAAACUGCUUGAACGGACUCAGGAGAAGUUUCUAUAUGUUAGCAUAGUGCAAAAUAUACGAAAAGCUACCAUUGAGCACAAAAAAGCAUUAAGGCAGCUGCGGAUGCAAAAGCAUUUAGACGUGCGGAAUGAUUUACAACGUAAGCAACUGAUAGCGUUGAAAAAACUUUUUCAAUUCAAAAAGGAUCGUUUGCAAAAAAAUUUGCGAUUAUUGCAAGAAAGCAGAGAUAAAAAAGCGAAUGAAGAACAGUAUGCUUCCUGGAAUAAACGCUUGGCUGAGCGCAUAGCAAAUCAAAAGAAAAUCCAAACGCUUAUAGCGGAAGUAAGUGAACAAAGGAAAAUCUUCAUAGAAAAUCACAAGCGACAUUAUCACGAGAAGUGGGAACGCAUACAAAAUGAUAUUAAAAAGCGUUCAAAUCUGACACGCAAACACUUCCUCUCUAGGCAUAAAGUAUCGAGCAAGAAAAAGCUGUCCGAUUUAGGACAUGGAAAAAAUGAUAUUCUUUCAAUUUGUAACGAUUUACAAGGCAGCUUUGAAAAAAUGCUGGAUGAAGACGUAUGCUUGGCCUUAAAUGCAGUCCUCGAUAUGGAGGAGAACGUUAAAGUUCCUUUUGACUCCGAUGAUCCCAUUUAUAAGGCAGCACAAUUCAUUAUGAAUCAUAUAUUAGCAAAAUUUAACAAGGACCUUAGCCACGACAAGGCCGUCUUUACGGCGGUUUACGAUCGCCUACACUCGUUUUUCGACGAAGCAAGAAAAUUUGUUUUAUUUAGAGCUACGCAAAUCAUUACUUCGGUGAGAGAGUUUAAUAAAUCAAAAAUUGAGAAUAACGGGUACACUAGUCGGGUAUCUUUCAGUCGUUACUCCUCUACAAUAGGCACUUCCAGUUAUUCCAUACAUCCUUUAAUAGAAAUAAAGGCGGUUUCUGAGCGUAGGGCAACGCCUGCUGGAUCGCUCGAUUCCCUAGUCAUAGAUUCUACGACCAGCUUGGUGAAUAAAGCACAGACUCCCCAUUUGUGUCGCAACGAAAUCGUUUUCAUUGAGCACUAUUUGGUCAAAUUUAAACGUGAACUAAUAGUUGGUGUUGGACGGAUAGUAUUCGCAGCUUUACAAUGUCAUUUUCAAAACAAGAUAAUGAAUGUACGGCAGGAAUUACUAGAUAUUGACCGGAAAUUUUUGUUGAAACAAGUUACAAAAUCCAUAUUGAGCUACAGCGUUAAUCCUUUAAAUUUUGAAUCAAAUUUACGGUUAUGUAUAAGUGCUUUGGCAAGUGAUAUUAUUUGGUCGUUACAACAACAGUUACUCAAACCUGACCGAGAUCCUCGAAGAAUAGCUAAACCAAAAUUUGCUUGCAAUCACGACAAAGAUUCAAUGCAACUUUGUAUGGAUUGUUUCGGCUCCUGAGUUAAAAAGGAAAUCCAACCAGUUACUAUUGUUCUACUAAUUCCUUACGGUUUCUC